AUGCUCCCAGAAAAGGGUGACAAUAUCUCUGUCUACCAGCAACUGGUAAUUGAUAGAUCUCUCGCAUUGAGCGAUUUUUUCGAGAUGAAGAGGCCACUCCUACUAUCUCAGUCAGAAGAUGUGAGGGAUACGGCGUUUUCUGAGUUAGUGGAUCUUAUCUGUUCGUUCCCGGACGACUUUCUUUCUGAAGAACAAGUGGGUGUUCUAUUGGAUUUCCUUCUCGGGAGACUGGAGUCAUCUGCAGCAUCCUACGCCGUUCAAGGCAUUCAUCACUUAGUUGUUAGGAACAAGAACCUUCCUACGAAUUUCGAAACCUCGCUGGUGCAUGUCAUGUUCAGGUGA